AUGGAUACACUCAGAGACAGAUGGGUACCUUGUAGCCAAAGGGCGGCAAGGCCACUGAAUGUCAUCAUUGUUGGUGCUGGCAUUGGCGGUUUAACUGCAGGAAUUUCCCUCUCCCAGACCGGCCAUUCAGUCACAAUACUGGAGAGAGUCAACAAGAUAGAUGAGGUUGGGGCUGGGAUACAGCUAGCCCCCAAUGCUUCUCGCAUCCUGAACAGACUCGGAGUUCUUGAAGAGAUCAUGGAACAUGCUACAGUGUUAGAACGUGUCAGUAUCAGACGUUAUUCCGGCGACGACGAGCUUAGCACAGUACCUCUCAUGCCUGGUACUGGUCUGAAAUAUGGUGCCCCUUUGAGUGUAAUUCACCGAGGGGAUUUGCAAGAAACACUGUUGAACGCUGCAAGAAAAGCUGGUUGUCAAAUUUUGACUUCACAAACAGUCAUCUGUGCUGAUCCGGAAUUCUCCGCCAGCGUGCAGGUACGCGACAACCAGACCCGAGAAAUGUCUUGGCUGCACGGCGAUCUACUCAUCGCUGCUGAUGGCAUCAAAUCGACUAUCCGACAGCAAAUGGCUCUGACGGAUGGGUUUAACGACGGGCCUGUCUGCACUGGAAGCGCUGCAUACAGGCUUCUUGUGCCAAUCGACAAAAUCAAGCAAGAUCCCCUGUUAUCUGGCAUGCUUAAACAGAAUGUUGCUAUGCGAUACAUGGGGCCUGGAGGUCAUAUCAUGGCAUACCCGCUAAAGAAUAACACUCUCUACAAUCUCGUCCUCGUGCAUCCUGUAAAAAGAUGCAACCUGGAAGAUGUUUGGACAUCCAAGGGCGACCGUCAAGAGAUGCUGGACUUUUACCAAAACUGGUCUCCAGCUAUUCGCAGAUGGCUAGAACUCGCUGAUCAAGACGUUAUGGAAUGGAACCUUUACUCGUAUCGGCCUCUUCCACAGUGGGUCAAAGGAAGCACGGCGCUUAUUGGAGAUGCCUGUCACCCCAUGCUACCUUUUGUAGCGCAAGGCGCAGCCAACGCCAUCGAAGAUGCUGCAGUUCUUGCCACAGCCUUGACCUGCACCGCAGAUGUCAAGCUGGCUUUGAAGAUGUACGAGGUAAUUCGUAAAGACAGGGGGGAGCAGAUAGCUGCCAGCGCGGCCAAAACCGCGCAUACGUUACACUUACCCGAUGGGCCUGAACAGAGGGACAGGGAUGAGGCUAUUGUCAGCGGCACGCAGAAUCCAGACCGUUGGAGCAACGGCCAGUGGCAGGACUACAUGUACGGAGUGGAUGUGAUGAAGGCCACAGUUGACCUAUGGAAUGUGAUGCAAGAGAGAACCGUGGUGAGGUCUCGGCAAGUAAACCUGUAG